UCAUCAUGAACAUCGAUCCUCUAGGCCCCUCCGUCUAAAGGUGGUUUCAACAAUGGGAGCAAAUCUCACCUGUUGCUUGCAUUCUAAUUCAGAGCGAGAGGUGAAAUCAGCCAGCUCCAACGGCAGCGCCCAUGAAAGCAGCAACAGCACUAGAGGGUCAUCAAUCAUCAAACUGUUGAAACGACCGGAGUACUGGAAGACAAAGAAGGUGAUGAAGAAGAGACAGUCUCCUCACCAACCAGAUCAUCAUAAGAGCAUGAUCACAAAGGUCGGAAAGUUGACUUUAGAAGACUUGCUGAUCAUGGCUUCUCCGGGCAGGGCAGAUCGUUUCAGCGGAGGUCCUGAAUUGUAUGUAUUCAGUAGUCCUGCUAAUUAUAAAAGGGUACACCCAUCUUCAAGUACUGGAUCAGUCGAUACAGCUUUAUCCUCUAAAGCAAAAGACAGCUUCUGCUUGAAGAGAUCAAGGGUGCUGCACAUGAGUGCUGGUAAAGCAGCUGAAGGAGAAUCAGAAUCUUCUUUGAUUAUAAGCACAAACCAAAGUGGGAAGUUGAAAAAGAAGGUCAGAUUUAGAUUGCCUGAGGAGGGUGACAUUAUCGUAUUUCAGUCUCCAGACAGUGAUCAUGAUGAUCGAGAAUAUUGUUCGUGAUCAUGAUGUCCUCCGUUAAUUCGACUUUGAAACAAGUUGUUUUGUUUCAUGCAUGGAUGUUGUUAUAAAUUAAUGUGUUUUCUAGCUGGAAAAUGAUAUAUCUAUGUUUAUUUA